AUGUCUCAAACAGAGGAAGCUAUGGAGGUUGCAGAUGUUGGUGAUAAUUCGAAUGAGUCUUCUAACGAUACUACAUCAUCAAGGGGCAAAGAAGGCGACUUCGAAAGCAAGAUCGAAACUGAUCGUUCAAAACGAUUUGAGUUUUUACUGAAACAAACUGAAAUUUUCUCCCACUUUAUGUUAAAUGCCCCUAAAUCCGGUAACAGUCCUCCAAAACCGAAAGCAGGUAGACCUAAGAAGAAUAAAGAUGCCGAUAAGGAUUCGGGAGGAGCCGGAGAUCAUCGUCACCGUAAGACAGAACAAGAAGAGGAUGAAGAACUCCUUGCUGAGACUAAUAUUAAAACAAAAAAUAUAUUCCGGUUUGAAGCAUCUCCUCCAUAUGUCAAGAAUGGAGAAAUGCGUGAUUAUCAAGUGAGAGGUCUGAAUUGGAUGAUUUCACUGUAUGAAAACGGUAUCAAUGGUAUUUUAGCUGAUGAAAUGGGUCUUGGGAAGACAUUGCAGACUAUUUCCCUUCUUGGUUAUAUGAAGAAUUACAAAAAUGUGCCAGGGCCACAUAUUGUGAUUGUGCCAAAAUCAACAUUGACCAACUGGAUGAAUGAGUUCAAGAAAUGGUGUCCAUCAUUAAGAGCAGUUUGUCUUAUAGGUGACCAGGAAACCAGAAAUACUUUUAUAAGAGAGACCCUAAUGCCUGGAAACUGGGAUGUCUGCAUCACAUCAUAUGAGAUGAUAAUUAGAGAAAGAUCAGUAUUCAAGAAAUUCACAUGGCGUUACAUGGUGAUAGAUGAAGCCCACCGAAUCAAGAAUGAAAAGUCUAAGCUUUCGGAGUUACUUAGAGAGUUUAAGAGUAUGAAUAGAUUGCUUCUCACCGGUACUCCACUUCAAAACAACCUGCAUGAGUUGUGGGCACUUCUUAAUUUCCUAUUGCCCGAUGUGUUUAAUAGCUCUGAUGACUUUGAUUCUUGGUUUAAUACAAAUGCAGCUCUUGGUGACAAUCAACUAGUGUCUCGGUUGCAUGCCGUUCUGAGGCCGUUCUUACUUCGCCGUCUUAAGUCUGAAGUGGAAAAGAAACUUAAACCAAAAAAGGAAGUCAAAGUUUAUGUAGGAUUAAGCAAAAUGCAAAGAGAAUGGUACACUAAGGUCCUUAUGAAGGACAUUGAUGUGGUGAAUGGUGCAGGAAAAGUUGAAAAAAUGCGAUUGCAGAAUAUUCUUAUGCAGUUGCGAAAAUGCUGUAAUCAUCCUUAUCUUUUCGACGGCGCGGAGCCUGGUCCCCCUUACACGACCGACGAGCACCUCGUAUACAACUGUGGGAAACUCGCAAUCCUAGACAAACUGCUCCCUAAACUACGAGAACAAGGAUCUAGGGUUCUCAUAUUUUCACAAAUGACCAGGAUGCUGGACAUUUUAGAGGAUUAUUGUCUAUGGAGACAAUACAAGUAUUGUCGUUUAGAUGGUCAAACGCCACAUGAAGAUAGAAAUAGGCAAAUUGAAGAGUACAAUGCUGAGGGAAGUGAGAAAUUCGUGUUUAUGUUGUCCACGCGCGCCGGCGGUCUCGGCAUCAAUCUAACCUCAGCAGAUGUCGUCAUCAUCUAUGAUUCGGAUUGGAACCCACAAAUGGACUUGCAGGCUAUGGACAGAGCGCAUCGUAUUGGACAGACAAAACAAGUGCGAGUAUUUAGACUUAUUACUGAAAAUACUGUCGAGGAAAAAAUCGUUGAACGCGCUGAAGUAAAGCUUCGAUUGGACAAGUUAGUUAUACAGUCGGGUCGCCUCGUCGAUGCUAAAAACCAACUGAAUAAGGAUGAAAUGCUUAACAUGAUCAGGCAUGGUGCAAAUCACGUAUUCUCGUCUAAAGACUCGGAGAUUAGUGACGAAGACAUUGACACAAUAUUAGCUAAAGGAGAACACAAGACUGAAGAGUUGAAGCAGAAGUUGGAGAGUCUCGGCGAGUCUUCACUACGCGCCUUUUCCAUGGACACACCUGGCGCUACAACAGAUUCAGUCUACCAGUUUGAAGGGGAGGAUUACAGAGAAAAGCAAAAAGUGAUACCGAUUGGUAAUUGGAUAGAGCCGCCUAAACGUGAACGUAAAGCUAACUAUGCGGUGGACGCCUACUUCCGAGAGGCUCUCCGUGUGUCUGAACCGAAGGCGCCAAAGGUACAGGCUCCGCGUCCACCAAAACAACCGAUCGUUCAAGACUUUCAGUUUUUCCCUCCGCGUCUUUUCGAGUUACUGGACCAGGAGAUUUAUCACUAUCGUAAAACACUUGGAUACAAAGUGCCUCGCAAUCCUGAAUUAGGCCCCGAUGCAGCCAAAAUUCAAAGAGAAGAACAGCGGAAGAUUGACGAUGCAGAAGCACUCACUGAAGAAGAGGUUCAGGAAAAAGAACAGUUGCUUACCCAAGGUUUUACUAACUGGACGAAACGAGAUUUUAAUCAAUUUAUCAAAGCAAAUGAGAAAUAUGGUAGAGAUGAUAUUGAAAACAUAGCUAAAGAUGUUGAAGGCAAAACUCCAGAAGAGGUCAUGGAAUAUUCUGCAGUAUUUUGGGAGAGAUGCCACGAACUACAGGAUAUAGACAGAAUUAUGGGGCAAAUAGAAAGAGGAGAAGCCAAAAUACAAAGGCGGGCGUCGAUAAAGAAAGCUUUAGAUGCCAAAAUGGCGCGGUACAGAGCACCAUUCCAUCAACUUAGAAUUUCAUAUGGAACUAAUAAAGGAAAAAAUUAUGUUGAAGAAGAGGACAGAUUCUUGGUAUGCAUGCUACAUAAACUAGGAUUUGACAAAGAAAAUGUCUAUGAAGAACUUCGUGCUGCAGUUCACGCUGCUCCACAAUUUAGGUUUGAUUGGUUUCUAAAAUCAAGAACAGCCGUAGAACUACAGCGCAGAUGUAAUACUCUAAUCACGUUAAUUGAAAGAGAAAAUCAAGAACUUGAAGAAAAAGAAAGAGCAGAGAAAAAGAAGAAAAGUGGAAAUCCAAACCAGAAUAUUUCAGGCGCGAAUGCUGCUGGUAAAGGAGCUAAUGCCGGCAAACGUAAGACUGAAAAUACUCCUGACACAGCCCAAAAACACAAAAAGAAGAAAAAAUGA